GUUUACAAAAUCUUUCUACAUGUAACUGUUCCUACUUUUUAUCUCUAAUUGAUUCACCAUUUAAAACGAAGCCUUUAAGGAUGUGGUGGAUACAUCAGUAAUGGUCAAAUAGGUAAUCAACAAAUAUAAUCAACAAUCCCUUCUUGAAUGCCUAUUUUCUAAGCCCUCGGUAAGGGAACCUGUUGCUGUACUUACAUUGAGACCUACAGGGGACAUGUCCACCAUAUGUUAAUCUAGGUGUCCAUGACUUCAAACAACUGGCCAGGUUGAAAGUGGUUUUGAAAGUGUAAUGGUUUGUUACUGUUUUUGCUUACUUUGACAGUGUGGGCUACAAACCUUUUUCGUCAAGGACCCUGAAGUGUACUGGAAGUAUACUGAAUCUUCCAAGGCCCAGGGACAUUUCUUUGAAGGGAAACCCCACAAUUAACAAGGCAAAAAUAGACACAUUUGAUCAGGCUUAAUGAAGCAAAAUGACACAUUUUUCUAGAGGUAGAAGGGCUUCAGUAUAUGAGACUGGAAAGAUCCACAUGUGAAUCUCUUUACCCUCUACGGCUUGUAAAAGCACUUCUUCAAAGCACUUAGCCAAAAAGAGGUUUUAAAAAUCACCAUGACUGUUCCUGUACUGGGACAGGGGAUGGGUAUGGAGCCCCCUACUACUGUGUUGGUUGUGUGUGCGGUGGGAAGGGCCAUGCAGGAGUUUUUUCUCCUCAGAAGAAGCUGCCCUUUGUUGUGUGAGGACUUUGCUGCCAGUGAGGACUCAGCAAAGGUGAGCUUCUCCAGGUGGAUGAAGGCACUUACAGAGCAAGAGAGUAACAGGAACAGGAUGAUCAUAAGCAGCAUCAACAAGAUGUGAUGCUAGUCCUAGAUCCACAGCAGUAUCCUGUUCAUGUAGAGUUUAUUGUUUAUAACCUAUUCAUGUUUCAACAUCGCAAUAAGUAAUUGCUACAAUACAAGCUUGAAGAUGCUUCCUGUAUCCUGAGGUUUAAUAAAAACAGCAGCUGUUAGCCUAAGAACACGUUUAACUCAGGAUAGAAUUAUAGCAACUCGAUGUACUAAAGUUUAUAGUAUAAUAAGGGAUAUUCUUCUAAAAUACUGUGUAAUUUGGCAGGCAGUAUGAGUGAACCAUUGUGGUUUAUCUUGGCCUGGGCUUUUUAAAAUUGCAUGAUGAUCCUUGGAUUUCUUAAAUACAGAGUAACCCCAGAGCAUUCCUAAACUGGAAAGGAUCCAUAAGAAACCAAGAGGCUGUAUUAUGCUGCCACGGUGCAUUACUUAGGUGGGGAGGGCUGCCCUCCUGGAGUUCUACCAGCACCCAAUCCACACACAGUGCAAAAAGUUGUGUUAGGGCUAGUGGGUAGACACAGCUUCAAACUUGAGUGAUUUUAUAGGGAAAUUCAGCUCAGAAUCAGUGAGGAUUGAGGAGAUUCUUCUUUGCACUUAACCAACAGUAGAUCAGCUGGCUUGUAUAAGCUCAUUAAGAGAUCCAAUAAUCAGUUUACUCUGAUGCAGAGGGGAGUUGGUUAUAUUUUUGUUUUGUUUACAUCAGAAAUUAACUUAAACAUUGGGCUGUAAAUACACUAUCACUCAGUUCAGGUUGAGUAACAUCAAGUUUGUCAGCAAAUCCGUUGAAAUACUUCUCAAGCUCAUACAUCAUUAAGGAGAGGGAAAUAAACUGACUCAAGUUAUACUGAGUAAUUCCGUAAUGGAUGCUGAUAAUGACUCCAUGCACAAGAAGCCUGCUGAACAGGAGACGCCUAAGAUGCCAGAUAAUAUCUGAUUCCUACUCCUAAAAAGAAAAUUUAUUCUGGCUCAGGAGUUCCACAGCUACAAACUGUUUAAGGCUGGGAGAAGUCUUUAGAGAACUAUCACGAUUUAAUUUUAGCAAGCUAUCUUUGGAAGAUGAAAAAGAAGACAAAUCACAAGAAGGGAUGAAUAAAGCCAGCAAAGGUGGACUUAUCUAUGGAGACUACCUACAACUGAACAAAAUACUGAAUGCUCAAGAGCUUCAGAGUGAAAAGAAAGGAAGGAAAAUCCAUGAUGAGCAUCUUUUCAUUGUGACACAUCAAGCUUAUGAACUUUGGUUUAAGCAGAUUCUGUGGGAAUUGGAUUCUGUUCGGGUGAUCUUUCAAAAUGGCCAUGUAAGAGAUGAGAGAAACAUGCUGAAAGUUAUCACUCGAAUGAACAGAAUUUCAAUGAUUCUGAAAUUACUUGUGGAACAGUUCUCCGUUUUGGAAACUAUGACUGCAUUGGACUUCUUUGAUUUCAGAGACUACCUAAGCCCAGCCUCAGGUUUUCAGAGCCUGCAGUUUCGCUUGCUAGAGAACAAGAUUGGUGUUCCCCAAAGCCUGAGAGUCCCCUAUAACAGAAGGCAUUAUCGUGAUAACUUCAAGGGACAGGAUUAUGAACUACUGCUUAAAUCAGAGCAAGAACCAACACUUCUGCAACUUGUGGAGGCAUGGCUGGAAAGAACUCCAGGACUCGAGGCAGAAGGAUUUGAUUUCUGGGGACAAUUUGAAGUGAAUGUUUUAAAAGGUUUAGAAGAGGAAUUUGCCAUAGUGCAGGCCAAACCAGAAUCAGAAGAAAAAGAAGACUUCUUAUCUGAAUUCCAAAAACAGAAAGAUGUAUUACUUUCAUUAUUUGAUGAAAAACGGCAUGAACACCUGCUUAGUAAAGGAGAAAGAAGACUGUCUUACAAAGCACUGAAGGGUGCCCUGAUGAUCUACUUCUACAGAGAGGAGCCUCGUUUUCAGGUUCCCUUUCAGCUUCUUACCUCUCUUAUGGAUAUCGAUGUGCUCAUGACCAAAUGGAGAUAUAACCAUGUCUGCAUGGUGCACAGAAUGAUUGGCAGUAAGGCUGGCACAGGAGGGUCAUCAGGCUACCACUAUUUGCGCUCAACAGUGAGUGACAGAUACAAGGUGUUCGUGGAUUUGUUCAAUCUUUCAACAUUUCUAGUGCCAAGACCCUGGAUACCAAAAAUGAAUCCAACUAUUCAUAAAUUCCUUUAUACAGCAGAAUACUGUGACAGCUCCUACUUUAGCAGCGACGACUCUGACUGAACUACCACCUUUCUAGAGAGGUUGCUGUAAAGAACUUCAGAACUUCCAUCUUGACAGGUGCUAUCCCUCAAGUAUAGCGACUGUUCUCAUGCAGCAUGGGUGUGUAAAUAUUUAUUUAUGUAUGACAAUUAUGUGAAUAGUAUGAUCGACUUAUGGAAGAAAUUUAACCAUCUGUAGAAAAAAUAAUCUGUACUGAAUUAUGCUAUAUUAAAGCUAAAAUGAUAACCCAAUUCAAAUCAGUGGCCAGUUUAACUUAGCAGAAGUGUUGAAAAUUGUUGAAAAUAAAGCCCACUCUUAUGGAAAGGGAGCAAAUUAUAAUGAAUUAUCACAAUCAUGUCUUAUUUGUACAUAUUGUUGUGUGUUAGUUUGCCUAAUGGCUUUUAGUAAUUUAAUUCUUCAAGUCAAAGAUAUAAUUAUUCUCAUCAGCUUCAAAAGAAAAUUAAUUUCUGAGCAGUAGUGGAAUUUCAAAAGUAAUUUUGGGUUAAGAUUUUCAAAAGCUACAUUUUGAAAAACUAUUAAGUCUUCAGUCUGUGGAAACCCAAACCUCCCGAAUUGUAUUACGCAUGAAUGUAAAUCCCUUCAGUAGAAAUACUUAGCAUUAAGAAUAGUAGAUAUAAGUAAGUACUUCGCACUUUAAAUAAAGCAGUAUUAAAGCUCUUCUUUUGUUAAGUCUUCUUCUAAAGCAAGCAGUGUUCAAACAACAGUAUGGCAGAAAUUUAAAGUGUUUUUUUUUUAUUUUUAUUCAAAAUAUCAUUAAAAUAAAGAUAAAAUUGUUAUAUCAUAAAAGUGAAGUGACUUUGGCCAUAAGGUAUUGAUAGAGCUGGGUCGUCAUCUCAUUAGUGGACUCUCAUCUGCAUAAAUGCUUUCCCUGGAAAUAUGCAUACACCGCAGGCCUUAAUUUCUGUUGAGUUGUUCGGUCUAAUAAUGCUUUUUAGGUACUUAGGCUUGGCUGUACGGCUUCAAAAGCACAGAUGAAACUUCUGUGUUUGAUACUACUAUAACAACGUUACUCUUAUUAAUGUCAAUUUAGAACUUUAGCUGUUUUUUUUCUGGUUAGGGAAAUGUGCUAUUUGUUGUUUGUAAUCUGCUAAGGCAAUACUACAGAAGACUUCUCCUUUUGGUUAAUAUGAAGUUUUCAGCCAGUAAAACUUGGUAAGUAGCAGAAUCUGAAGUAGUGAAACAUAGUACUUGGUCUUUUUUUUUUUUCCACUGAAAAUAUUAGAAGUCCUUCAAAGUAGAAGGACUAAAACGACAAUAUUUACACAGACAAUUAUGAACAUUCAUGGCAUCUGUUACAAAAGGAUUAUACUACAGAGACCUAUUAACAUGGUACUAUGAGUGCAAAAAUUACAGAAUUGCUUCAAUACUUUUCCUAGUAGCACUUCAUCAGUGAUACAAGUAAAGAGUUCCAGAUGACAGAACACUUUGAAAGUGCAUGUUUAGUUGUCAAUUCUAGUUACAUUUGUCUCCAACUGCAGUUAUACAGGUCAGCAAAUCUAGAACCACUCUUUGGUUCCCAGCAAGUCUCCUGUGAGUUCAAUAAAGUUCAAUAAUUUUGUAGGGAAAUUCAGCAUCUACCCUACUUGGAGUACUCUGUAAUUGCUUAUUUCUAAAGGUUGCAAAUAUAUCAACAGCACUCUACUGCCAUUAUUUUUUCUAUAAUAGACAAUUUUUUUGCAUUUAUGCUUUGCCACUGGUUCCACUGUUAGUCAUGAAGUAGAGAAGAGAGUUGUGGAACUGACCCAGCUAUCAAAAGACAGAAUUAGUUGAUUUGCAAACACUUAUGUCCUGUCAAGGCAUGGGAUGUUAAGCCACUAGAAGUGUCUUGCGUUUGUCUAAAUAUAGUUUCUGCUUGCUUUUCUAUCCAUCUAACAAAUUAAUUCAGAAGACUGUGACAUGCCAGGCACUUUCUAAAACACUCCCUACUCUAAAGAGCUCUGAAUUUAUAUCUAUACAGGAAAGGUGUCAGACUGAAAUGGAAGGACUGCAGCACUACACUGACCCUGGGUGCUAAGGAGACAACUCUGACUACUCAUUCCCCUCCUCUAUUCUUCUAGCUUUAGAGAAAAUGUAGAAUUUCACAAAAAGGAGGAAGACAAAAUGUCCGAGGUGCUACAAAAGACAAGAUGGGUAUAAAAGUAUAACACAGAGAAUGUUUUCUUCCAACCUCCCCUUUCCCCACCCUAUAAAACCAGACAUAAUCAUAGUUCAUCUCAUGUUCUAUGUUCAUGGAUUAUACUCCAUCACACUGUUGAUUAUUGGAUUCAAGUUCCUUAUUUGUCAUCAAUUUUUUCCUAGCAAGAUUUUUAUGGAGUGUAUUCUUUAGUAUUCAGCACCUUGAUAGGGUUUCACAUUCACAGUUCCAAUCCAUCUUUUUAACCUCUUUCUGCACACUCUGUGGUUGAUUUUAAGUCUUCUUAUUCCAUGAGAGAUUUGAUACACGAUACACAUUCCAAAUAAAAACAC